GCGGCAAGCCUUUCCAGGGAACUGCGAAGUCUGAUUCGCCGAACGCCCGUCUCCGGCGCGCUCUGAUCUUCAACCUUCCUUUGCAUAACAUAACUCCCGCUCCACUGUUCCAGCCAUCGCAAUUGAUAAUUAAAUAAUACGACCACAGUUCAUGCAUGACCACUGAACAACACGCGUUGGGCCAAGGAGCUAACAAGUAGUUGCAGGCUGGGUACGGAGUACCAUUGCAUUAACAGGGGUUCCAACUGGCAAGUUGGCAAAAAGACUCAAGGUUGGAUCCGCUCUGCCUUGCCUCCCAGAUUCGAAUCCAGAUCCAGGGUUGGCUGGCAAGCCUUCUGGUUCUUUGUGUUUCUGUGUCUGCGAACUAGCUAGGUUCCGUGUGACGGCAAGAAGGAAGAGGAGGAGAGGGAGGGGGGGUUAGGGUUAUGGGGGGGGACGAGAGAAAGGAGCGUGGGCGGGCACAGCGCCCAACCUGCAUGCCUAUAUAUUCUCCUGGACCCUCCCCUCCCUCUCUUGUCCAAAUUUUUCUUGACUCUUCCUUCUUCCAGAUCAUCUAUCAUACUUAAUAAUAUUUGCUCAUCUUUUCGAAGAAUAUUUCUUCUGCCUCUCGUUUUUCAAAGGUCGCUCUAAUCCAUUUAUUUAUUUGGCCAUAAUUCCGACAACACAAACACAAACACACAAAGAAACUUGAUUUCAAAAUUUCAAAAAUGCAUCUCUCCGUUGUCGCCAUUGCCGUUUCGGCUCUCGUCGUCUCCGUCCAGGCUGGAGUUCCUGCCGGAUAUCCCUCUCAGGAGCUUUCGUAUUCCGCUGGACCUUCUCACCCUUCGGAGUCCUACCCACCGGAGCCCUCUUACCCGGCUGAGACCAAAUACCCCGAGCCUACCAGCUCCGAGUAUCCUACUUUAAGCUACCCGGCUAAGACCAAAUACCCCGAGCCUACCAAGUCCGAGUAUCCUACUUCAAGCUACCCGGCUGAAACCAAACACCCCGAGCCUAUCAAGUCCGAGUAUCCUACUGGAAGCGAUGUUCCCACUUACCCCACUGGCGCUCCCCCAUCCAGCGCCCUACCCACUGGCACUGGUGGCUACCCUUCAGUCCCAUCCUUCCCCCCGGUUGAGGGCGCUGGAUUCUCUGUCAGCGUUCCCUUCGGACUCGGUCUUGCUGCAGCUCUCUUCGCUGCUCUUCUGUAAAUGGAGAACCUAAUAAAUAAUGAGGAGUCUGCGUGCACGAAAUCCAUACCUUAAUAUUUCUUGUUCCCAGUUAAGCCGGCCUAUUUGACAACCGGGUGGAAAAACUGACAGUCCUGUCUUUUUGUAUUGGGCUUAGUUGGCGAACCUACUUUUUUAAUUUCUACUUUUACGUUUACGUCUGUAUAGCAAACACUUGGGAAGGAGAACAGGCCAGGGAAUCCGGAAAGGCAAUUCCUUAGCCGGGACAAGGCAGCGCAACAAAUCAAUGACUGUUUUUCCUUUCCUUACCACACUACAGUGUUAAUUUUUAAUUACAUCCUGGUAUCCAUCAGGCGUUCUGUUGAGUUGGCCAUGGUAUUCGUUUUCAUUUGGUGAUUUCCUAAGUACGACUGACGUUUUUUUUUUUUUUUUCCUGAUAGACUUGGUUUGUUAUUAGUGUAAAAUCAGACAUGUUCACGAUUCAACUCCUUACAAUAAUAACUUCGCUCUCAGAAUAUUAGCAGCGGUAGCCUCUGUUCGGCAAGUGGUUUCUAGACUUGG